AUCCGGAUCUGAGACCUGACCUGAAAGGAGAGGAUAAGAGCAGGGGGCCGGGUGUCUUGGGAUUGCAAGUCUGGACACCCCCAGAAGCCAUUGGUGCUCCAGCUUCCACCUAAGACUUGCCCAUGGUGAGGGGAGCAAAAGGGCCUGCAAUUAGAAGGCCGUCCAAGGAGGAUACAGAGGUAAGCUGUUUGGGGUACUUGAGCUAUUGAGAAGAUGGCAACUAAGCCAACAGAGCCCGUCACGAUCCUCAGCCUUCGGAAGUUGAGCCUGGGGACCACAGAGACACAGAUUAAAGAGCCAAAGAUGUUCACCGUGGAAGAUGCAGUGGAGACCAUCGGCUUUGGACGUUUCCACAUUGCUCUCUUUCUGAUCAUGGGCAGCACUGGGGUGGUUGAGGCCAUGGAGAUCAUGCUGAUAGCUGUUGUGUCUCCGGUCAUCCGCUGUGAGUGGCAACUGGAGAAUUGGCAGGUGGCAUUAGUAACCACGAUGGUGUUUUUUGGCUACAUGGUCUUCAGUAUCCUCUUUGGCCUCCUGGCUGACAGAUACGGCCGCUGGAAGAUUCUGCUCAUCUCGUUCCUGUGGGGAGCCUACUUCUCCUUGCUGACCUCGUUUGCUCCUUCGUACAUCUGGUUUGUCUUCCUGCGGACAAUGGUGGGCUGUGGCGUGUCCGGCCACUCACAAGGGUUAAUCAUAAAGACUGAAUUUUUGCCCACAAAAUACCGAGGCUAUAUGUUACCCUUGUCUCAGGUGUUCUGGCUCGCAGGCUCCCUGCUCAUCAUUGGCCUGGCCUCUGUGAUCAUCCCCACCAUCGGGUGGCGCUGGCUCAUCCGUGUCGCCUCCAUCCCGGGCAUCAUCCUCAUCAUGGCCUUCAAGUUUAUUCCUGAAUCUGCCCGGUUCAAUGUCUCCACUGGGAACACUCCGGCUGCCCUGGCCACUCUGGAGCGCAUCGCCAAGAUGAACCGUGCCGUCAUGCCAGAGGGGAAGCUGGUGGAGCCCGUCCUGGAAAAAAGAGGAAGGUUUGCAGACCUAUUGGAUGCUAAAUAUUUACGGACCACAUUACAGAUCUGGGUCAUAUGGCUUGGAAUCUCCUUUGCCUACUACGGGGUUAUCUUGGCCAGCGCUGAGCUGCUGGAGCGGGACCUGGUCUGUGGUUCGAAGUCAGACUCUGAGGUGGUCGUGACUCAGGGGAACUCAGAGGAGGGCCAGAGCCCCUGCCACUGCCACUUGUUUGCACCCUCCGACUAUCAGACCAUGAUCAUCAGCACUGUCGGUGAAAUUGCUCUGAAUCCUUUAAAUAUCCUGGGCAUCAAUUUCCUGGGAAGACGGCUGAGCCUUUCCAUUACCAUGGGAUGCACGGCUUUAUUCUUCCUUCUCCUCAACAUUUGCACAUCAAGUGCCGGCCUGAUUGGCUUCCUCUUUGUGCUGAGGGCCCUGGUGGCUGCAAACUUCAACACCAUCUACAUUUACACAGCUGAGGUCUACCCCACCACGAUGCGAGCUUUGGGGAUGGGAACCAGCGGCUCCCUGUGUCGCAUUGGUGCAAUGGUGGCGCCAUUUAUAUCCCAGGUUCUUAUGAGUGCAUCAAUAUUGGGGGCCCUGUGUCUUUUCUCAUCUGUCUGUGUUAUAUGCGCCAUUUCUGCAUUUACUCUCCCCAUUGAGACCAAAGGACGGGCCUUACAGCAAAUUAAAUGAAGAUCUGCAAAGCUACGUCUACCAGACGAGAAAAAUGACUUCCAUCUUCAGAACUGUGGUACAUUACUUAAAACUUGGUUUUACUUCUGUAUGUCACUCAGUAGUAAAGUGAUUAUGAUU